AUGCCCCCGUUCCGCGCGCGCAUGUCGACGCUGUCCGUCGCCCUCAUCUGCGCGUGCCUUCUCGUGGCGCCGAGAUGCGUCGAGGCCAAGCCCAAACCGCGCGUCCCGGAGAAGCUGGACGGCGUCGUGGACGAUGAGGAGGAUGAGGAGUACAAGAGGUGGGGCAUGACCAAGCGACAGCUGGCGAUGGAAAAGGAGAUGGAGGAGGGCGGUCCACCCGGAGGCGGCGGAUUUGAUCUGUCCAGCCUGACGAAUGGCGGCGGAGGGCUCGACGCGAUGGCGGCUGCGUCUUCGGGCACGCAGAUGACCUUCGUCAAGCUCGCCCCGCCCGCCGACGGAUCGACGCGGACGAAGAAGGACGUGGACGAGUUGUCGGGGAAGUGGGCGACGCUGCUGCGGAGCGGGGGGAUGAGCGAGAGCCUCUACGCGAUCGACGUCGACACCGUGCUCAUCACGCUGCCCGACGGCAAGUACAUGUCCGAGGUGCGGGAGUUCUUGUGGCAGCAGGAGGAGGUUGAGAACUUCGAGUGGAACUCGCAGGUGUGGAAGAAGGGGGAGUCCGUGCCGACGCCGCGGAAACAGUCGGAGGAUGCCAUGGCGCCGAAGCGAGGGAAAAAACGCGGGAAGAAAGGGAGGGGGAAGAAGAAGCGGCGAGCCAACGAGGACGGAGGAAAGGUGGAGCUGUGA